AUGCCCUGUGUAAAUACUCUUGGAUUUUGGACAACUUUUGCAACGGGAUCUCACCCGAUCUCCGUCACAUCGGGUGAUUUGAACAGUGAUACACGACUAGAUUUGGUUAUAGCCAAUUCUGGUAGUAACAAUGUCGGAGUAUUUCUUGGUAAAGGGGAUGGUACCUUCCAAAAUCAGAUUAUGUAUGCAGCUGGUACAAAACCAGAUUCUGUGAUAACAGGUGAUUUCAAUAGUGAUAAUAUAUUGGAUCUCGUUACGGUAAACAGCGAUACCAACGUCGUCAGUGUGCUACUCGGCAAUGGGAAUGGGACCUUUCAGGCGGCGAAAACUUAUACUACAGGUUUAAAUCCAACUUCUGCGAUAUCAGGUGAUUUCAAUAGUGAUAAUAGACAAGAUCUAGCUGUUACCAAUAAUAAUAAUAAUACCAUUAGCAUUCUCCUGGGUAACGGUGAUGGCAGCUUUCAAGAUCAAGUGACGUAUAUGACAGGUAAAAGCGCAUUCUCCGUCAUAUCUAGUGAUUUCAAUAAUGAUUCACAACUUGAUCUUGCUCUUGUGAAUGCUGACAGUAACAACGUUGGUAUACUAAUGGGCCAUGGCAAUGGAGCGUUUCAAACUCAAAUAACAUAUUCGACAGAUAUGUUUCCGGUCUCUGUAGUAUCAAGUGAUUUUAACAAUGAUGGAAAAAUAGAUCUAGCCAUAGUUAAUUUUUUUAAAAGUAGUGCAAGUGUGCUACUGGGUGAUGGUAAUGGAAACUUUCAGAAUCAAACAACAUAUUCAACAGAAAAAAAGCCGGUUAUUAUCAGAGCGGGUAAUCUUAAUAAUGACGCAAAUGUAGAUCUUGCUAUAGUUAACUCGGGUAGUAAUAGUAUUAGUGUACUUCUUGGAAAUGGUAAUGGUAGCUUCCAGACUCAGAAGAUAUACAAAACAGGAAAUAAUCCAUCAUCUAUUGUACUUGGCGAUUUCAAUAACGAUACAAAACUAGAUCUUGUUGUGACGAAUUUUGCUGAUAAUAGUGCUACCGUCUUUCUGAACAUAUGUCCGUAA